CGUCUCCAUCCCCACACUGGAGCAGAAACUGGUGCACUGCCGAUCCAUAUGUGCACGUGUGUGUUUUUCGAGCUGCCAGUUUCUUGAGAGCACUCAGCCCCUCGAGUGACAGGCGAUCCAUAUGAGAAUGUGCGUGCUGAGAUUCAUGGAGGACCUUCAGCGCUGAGGAGCAUGUGUGCAGACGGGGAGGCAGUGUGAGGAUGCAUGGUGGGCGGGUGCUGUCGUGAUCAGUGGAGUUUUUUGGUGUACUAUCCCUGUGCCGUCUGCUAUCCCAUCCCUUCAUUUUGGUCAUCCGCUGAGGACAAAGAGCAUCCUGCUGGGAUGUCCACCUCAUCUGAUGCAAAAGACGGGAGCAAAAGGAACUCUUUGGAGCCAGAUGUGGAGCACACUCUCAGAGCCCCUGGGGCCGAGCAAGGAGGGAUCUCCCCCCCUCAGGUGAAGCUGAAAGACAGGCAGAAGUUCUUUGAGGAGGCCUUUCAGCAAGACAUGGAGCAGUACCUGUCUACUGGUUACCUGCAGAUUGCCGAGAGGAGAGAGCCAAUAGGUAGCAUGUCGUCCAUGGAGGUGAACGUGGACAUGCUGGAGCAGAUGGAUCUGAUGGACAUGUCGGACCACGAAGCUCUGGAUGUCUUCCUGCACUCUGGGGGAGAAGAUAACAGCGCUGCCUCACCUGUGACAGGUCCAGACGGUGAGUCCUUCACGGCAGAGAUCAGCCUCCAGGUUCCCACCCAGGCUGAGCUCCGACACAAGCUGUCGUCCCUGUCCUCCACCUGCACCGACUCAGCCAGCCAGGACACCGAGGCCGGGGAGGAGGACGAGGAGGACGAGGAGGAGGAGGCCGAGCAAGGCGGCGCUGGAGGAGGAAGGAGGAAAAAAGCCCCCGUGAUCGUGACCCUGGACGAGGAGGAGGUUCACCCGGACACGGCGCUGGUGGAGCGGGCGGAUCAGCAGGAGCAGAGCAGCACAGACUGUGAGCAGAGCAGGCAGACGGUCUGAGGACGGCUGGACACCCCCGCCUGCCCGGACCAGCAAAUGUUUACUCUGAUUGGAAAGAAACCCUUCAACAAUUACAUCGAGGUUGCUCUCACUGCCACAUGACUUUGCCUUAAGAGACCGCAGAGGGAAGUUCUCAAUUCUAAUUCCAGAAAAUCAGCUAAGAAUUACCCGGCAAAUUAUGAAAAAAUGACAUUUUAUAGAAGGUGUUUGGAGCAUCUGGAGGCCGCCGAAGCCUCACGCACAUCAACAGUCUGUGUGGAGUCCAAAAACAUGCAUGAAAUAUAAGUAAAUCUAAUAAAAGUCAAAGUUUAGAUGUUUUUGAGAGAAAAAAAAAAAAACAAUGGAGCGUUUGGGUGUUUACAGCUUUAUUUUUGCAGUGGGGGGUGGGGUGGGGGUUGCAGCUCAGGAUGUAAAGCAAUCGGGAGAGGUUUGUAGUUGAAUUGCUUAAUCGGCAGCCAUAGUGUGAGUGUGCACACACCCCUGCGUGCUCAGCCGUGUGAAAGCCAAGAAACAAGCACUUUGUUAAGCUGAAUGAAGACAUGCUUCCCGCAGGAAGGAUGGACGCAUGCAGAGGAGGAGCGACCCGAGAGAGCAGGGAAACUAGAAACGGGAGGUUUUCUGUCAUAUGCAGUCUCUGCAGAAAUCGUGUUCUUGCCAUGUUAGACAAUAAACAGAUCUCUGGAAACUCUGGAAAGAUUUUUUUUUUCUUUUAAACAUUGAAAAUUGCCAGAACAAUCAGAUUCUGAUAGGAAGAAAUACAGAGCAGAAACCAGAAGAUCUGCAGAGAGAAUGAGGAUCUUGAUUCACCCCUUAGCAAAAAGUAAUCAAUUUAAAAGUAUACUAACUAAAAGUGGCUAAAGGGAACAUACAUUCCAUACUUGAAUUAAUGAAAUAUUACUUUAAAAUGCUUUAUUCUUUACAUAGCCACAUAUGCUGACAACACAAACAUUAUUAGUGUAAAUGACAUUUAUCACCCUAUGGAGGUCUGGGUGUGGAAUCAAACUCAAAUUAAAGUGGAAAAAUGCACUACAGGCUGAUCUAACAUUGAUGUAAGGUCUUUAAAACAAGUCAAAAUGAGUCAGUAGUGGGCGUGGCCUCCACAUGCCGUUACGGGGUGGAUGGUCUCCUGGGGAUCUCUGACCUCAUCUGGACAAAAGCAUCUACCAACUCCCUCUGUGGUGUAACCUGCUGUUGGUGGAUGGACUAAGACAUGAUGUUCCAGUGCUCACUUGGAUUCAGGUCUGGGAAUGGACGGUCUAUUGCAUCAAUACCUUCAUCUAACAGAAACUGCUGACACACUCCAGACGCAUGAGGUGCAUUGUCUGGUAUUAGGAGAGUCAAUCGCACCAGCAUACGGUCUCAGAGGGGUCUGAGUAUCUCAUCUGGGUACCUAAUGGCGGUCAGGCUACCUCUAGUGAGCACAUGGAGAGGAAUAAAUGCCACUUCAACCAUUACUGAGCCACUACCAAACCGGUCAUAUUGGACGAUGUUUCACCAGAACAUUCUCUCGUCAGUGUGAACCUGCUUUCCUCUGUGAAGAGCUCAAGACGCCGUUGGCAAAUAAUCCAAUCUUGGUGUUCUCUCCAAAUGCCUAACAUCUUGUAUGGUGUUGGGCUGUAAGCAUGACUCCCACCUGUGGAGGUUGGGCCCUCAUACCACCUCAUAGAGUCUGUUUCUAACCGUUGGAGCAGAUUCGUCACCUGCUGGAGGUCAUUUUUCAGGUUUCUUCUUGCACAAAGGAGGAGGUAAUGGUCCUGAUGCAGAGCUGUUGUCCUAAUACAGCCUCCUCCACAUCUCCUGAUGUCCUGGUAGCACCUCCGUGCGCCGGACGCUGAUAGACACAACAAACCUUCUCAACACAGCUUGUAUUCAUUUGUAUUUAUUGCCAUCCUGGAUGAGUUGCACUACCUUGCGGGCUGUAGACGGUACCGUUGGAGUGACAACUCUAAAAAGUCACCAAAAUAUCAUCCAGAAAACAGGCAUUUCAUUUAUUUUUUUGAGCAGUGUAUGUAUAAACUUAAAAUGUUCCAAUUUAGUCUAAAUUAGUCUUCAGUUAGUAAACUUCCCACACCACACGUUCAUGGUCUAUAGUAUAUAUGCUAUACUUUUACCCAACUAUAAUAAAAUGAACUUCAAGUGCACUACUUUUUGCUAAGGGCUGUAUCUGAUGUCUACUCUUAAUCCUCGAUCAAUUUGAACAUUGCAGUGAUUUUUCAAAACUUUGGACAAACUUUCCUUUUUUUUUUUUUAAUGAAAGGGCCCAGAUCUGUGAAGUAAAGGCUAGAACUGUAUCCAGAGCUUCUUCUCUUCAGAUCUGACGUUGGUGCAAUAUGUGACUGAAGUGCUCCUUCCUCUCUUUCUUUCCUCUUCUCUGGAUUCUCUUUGUGGCUUGUUGGAAAUAAAUGGUUUUAUCGCAGCUUUGUUUUAAUCGUCAUCGUUUCAGCAGAGAAAGCAGAUCAGAGGUUUCUCUGCUCGAGUCUGAGCUCAGAAGUGAUUGCAAAGAUGUUCUGUGACAGAAUCCGGAACACUAACUUUUUGUUCUCAUUUCUAUCAAAAAAUACAACUCAAGGGAACUUCUAUCACGGUCGUUUGUCUGCGUUUUUAAUUGUGUGCCUGUCUAACUUCUAUGGAGCCCCUAAAGCGACAUUGAAGUAAAAUAAAUAAAAAAUAAUUUCUUUUUUCCGAUUAACUGAUAUUGAUCAGAUACUAACCAGGGCCAAAAAUUAUUUAAAUUUUUUGUUUUUGAAAACUUAGAUGUCCCUUUAGCGGCUCCGUAGAAUUUUUAGGAAACAUUUUUAACUUUUAUUUACUUUUUUUUAAAUGUGUAGAAUGUAGAAUGUUGCCUCUUCAGAGGAUAAUCAUAAAAAAAAAAAAUUAAAUACAACUUUAACGGCAAUAAACAUUCAAUCUCA